AUGGGGGUACCAAAGGCAUCUUUGAAGAGUAAGUCGACCGCCAAAGGCAACGCUGUUGAAAGCAGAAAAAAAACUGCUAAAAACCCUGCUUCCGGCAAUGAAAACAGGGAAGAUUUAGAAACUGGUCAAAAUGAUAGUCUGAACGGGAAUCUAGAUCGCAACAGUAAUGGUAAGGGUGAUUCUGAUGGCCAGAGUGAGGAAGAAUCCAGUGGGGAAGCUAGUGGGGAAGCUAGUGGAGAGGACUCCAGUGAAGAUGAGGAUUCAAGUGACGGCAGUGUGGACGAAGAUGAAGACGAUGACUUUCCCAAAAAGAAGAAAGCCAAGCUCGGAAAACAUAAUGAUGGAUCCUCUGACUUCUCCACAGCAAUCAAUGCGAUUCUAGGAUCGCAUCUCAAAGCGCACGAUCGAAAAGAUCCGAUCAUGGCGCGUAAGAAGAGUACGGCAAAGAAACUGGAAAGCGAUAAACUUGAGGCAAAAGCUAAAAGAGCCAUGCUGGUGGAGAAGAAGAAACUGCUGAAUAAAACUAGAACGAAGGAUAUCAUUCCGACGGUCUCUGCAGAAGCGGAUUCCGGGGUUGAAAUAAGGGAAGUUCUGGAGAAGGAGAGGCGACUAAGAAAGAUUGCACAGAAAGGUGUCGUGAAACUUUUUAACGCUAUUCUGUCCACGCAAGUUAAGACUGAAAGAGACGGCGCUGAAAAGCUUGGUAACAUCAAGAAUCGCUCUGAAAAAAAGGACAUGCUCAACGACUUAUCGAAGGAAAAGUUUUUGGACCUUGUAAAAGCCGCCGGGGACUCAUAG